AUGAAGCAAGCUACGGUAAUUUUUACAAAGCUUACAUUAGACUCUACAAUCCCCUGUAGACACUCUAAAGGUGCAGCAGGAUAUGAUUUGUACUGCAAUGAAGACAUUAAAUUACAACCAAGUGAUCACAUCUCAGUUAGUACCGGUAUUAAAUGUGAAAUUCCCUCACACUUAUUUGGAUUGGUUUUAGGAAGAUCUGGUGUUUCUUCUAAGAAUGGAGUUGAGAUUAUUGGUUAUAUUAAAAAUAAUGAAGAGAUUAAGAUAGAAAUUACUAAUUGUAGUAACAUGCUUUUUGAAACAAGUAAGAAUACUAGAAUAGCUCAAUUAGUGUUUCUUAAAAGAAAGAAUUUAGAGUUUGCUACUGAACAUAUGAAUAUGAUUGAUUUAGAAUAA